CGUUGAACUUACUGCAGUUCAACAAAAGCAUUAAUCAGUACUAGUUAUUAGCUGUUUUCUGUUUUUAAUGACAAUUUCAAAAAUUUUUCUUAAAAUUGGUAGUUAGAGUCACAGAUCAAUUAAAAAUUUUGGAUUUGUAAAUUUUUAUGAUGGUUGAUGUGCAAGAAUCGACAAAAAACAACUUAAGGUGGCCUUAUACAACAAAUAUUUCUAAACCUGGAAAAACAUGUAACCUGUUUGAUUACUUUACUCAAAUAGAUGAUUCUCAUACCAAAUAUCUUGACUAUAAAAUGUCCAAACCUUUGACAAUCCAGACACAAAAUGAGUCGCCUAGCAAGAGUGAAUCCCCUCAACCAUUUUAUCACAUACAUCAGGACUCAAUCACUUUGAAGUCAAACUCGACUCCUGUUAGAUUUAGUCCUCGUAUGGGUUCUAAUGCAAUUAGUUAUGCUCGGUCAUCUGGUAGUAGUCGUGCCUCAAUACACUCUAAUCUGUCACCUAUUAAUUUUUUUAACAUUGAACAAUCUAUAUUUAAAAUAAGUGCAAUGUUUCCAACAGCCACUGAGGAACACAUAAAAUCUUUAUUGGACAAAUAUCAUAAUAGAGAAGCAGUAGUAAUAAGUGCUUUACAGGUUGAAAAACAUCCUAUUGCAACACCAGGGCCGUAUACACCACCAUCUAUUGGUCGUCAUUUUAUGUAUCAAGUAAAUUCUUCACCUGUUAAAAGUGCUUCGUCUAAACCUGCACAUUAUUCUCCAAAGAUGAAAUUGAGGUACUUGAAAAGUGUUUUUCCUGUAGUAGAAGAAACAGUUCUUUUAGAUACACUCUGUGGUACUGACAACAAUGUAACCCAAGCUACAGAAAGAUUAUUAACUAUGGGUUUUAAUAAAGGAUUUGAUUUAUCUAGUAUUAUACCUAAAUUGCCACCUAGAGUGACAUUAAUAAACAAUGAUAAUGAAAAUGAUGAUGAAGUAUUUUGGCUCCGUAAAAAGAUUUCACACCAGUUUGAUAAUGAAAAAUCAACUUGCCCUAUAAUAUCUGACGAAACAAAACCACCAAAUAAAAAAAAUAGUGAUGUUGAAGAAUUACAAAUAAAACAAAGACUGCAAAAUAAGUAUAAAAGUGUCACAGAGAAAAUUAUUAUAUUUGCUUUGGAGAGCACUGAUUACAAUGAAACACUGUCUGAUCAAAUUUUAAAAAAUCAUUUAGAGAAUGAAUCAAAACAGAAUUAUUUGAGUGAACAACAGACUUAUGAGAACGAGCAAAAUAAAAUUUCAUAUGGUGAACCUAUUAAGAAUGCUGCUAUUGAAAUUGAAAAUGGAGUGUACAACCUUGAAAAUGGGGAAAAGUCUGAAAACAGUUUUACUGAAAUAAUUAUACAUGAUAAAAAGACCAUCUUAGCUAAAGGACCUAACAGGCAAUUAUUAAGUAUUAAAGAAUCCUCAAAUAGUAAUUGUAAAAAUGGAAUCAAAGCUAAGGGACCAAACAAAUCAUUGUUGAGUAGAAUACAAUCUCUAGCCAAAGGACCGAACAGUGAUUUGAAAAAAGGACCAUCCAAAGGAUUAGCUAAGGGAAGUUUUUUCCAAAAGUUAUUUAAAAAAACAGUUCCUUAAGUCAUACUUUAAUUAUAAUAUAAUUGUAUUAGUAAAUCGUUAUAAGAAUCUGGUUUAUUUAAUUUGUUUUGUUAUUAAUAUCAAUUAUUUACAUUACUUUUAAUUGUAACAUUUAAGUAUUAUAUUAUUCUGUUACUUAAUUUCUUAAGAUAAAAGAAAAAAUCUUUUUUUUUUUUUUUUGAAAUUGAAUAUAGUUGUACAUAUGUCAUUUUAGAUUUUUUUUUUUUUUAUAUGAACCAAAUAACAUUUUUUAGACAUUAUCAUUGUAACUAGAUUUGAUUUUGUGUUAAAUAUUUUAACUAAUAUUGUGCUAGUUAUUUAUAGUUAUUAAAAAUAAUAAUACAUUUCUGGAAAAUAUCUUUAAUA